CUCUGUUGCUCCACUGAUGUCACGUUUGUUUUUACCUUAAGCUUGCGAACUUGCGAUUGUGUUUCCUUCUUCUGCCAUAACAAUUGACGUUUAGUCACCUUGCCUUUGCCUUUGCAUCUGCAUCUGCAUCGCCAUCGCCUCCAAUCUGUUUUUUACUUCCCUGUUCGUCAGAACUUCGCUGAUUCGUUCUUUACGUCAUUUGAGUUUGUCAAAACCGCCCAUCAUGGCAAGAGUUACGCGAGGCUCUGCACGUAUAGCAACGGCGGCGUCUUUGAAAGACGUGAUAGAUCAACCAGUACAGCUCUCAAGUCCGCCAUCAAGUCCACCAGCAACGCCCAAACCUACCAACUCACGCAAGAGGAAGGCUAUCAAAGAGGAAGACGUGUCGCCUGAGAAAUCCUUGGCGAUACCCAAGAGUACGAAGCGCGCAAAGAAAGUGAAGAAGGAGGAGGGCGUUGACGAUCUGCCGCACAACCUCGGAGCUGUUCCUGACCUCUCGCCAAAGGUAGAGGAAGAGGAGGAAACCUCAUCUGCGAAAAAGACCAAGAAAGCAACGAAACCAAAGCAAGCCGUCAAGGCGAAGAAGGAAGGUGUCGAUGACCUCGUUACAAAAGCUAUAACGACCGACAAGAAGACAGCCAAGAAGAAGGCUAGCUAUGGUCUUACACCUGGUCAAACCCCAUACCCCAACUACCCACAUCCAACCCCCGAAGAAUGCGAAGAAGUAACGCGUCUCCUCUCCAAAGUCCACGGCGAAGUCACAAUGCCCAAAGAAAUCCCACUGCCAUCCCUCGAAGUGUCCGGCUGCGGUGAAGUUCCCUCGGUCCUCGAUGCGCUAAUCCGCACGCGCCUGUCCGCAGCAACAUCCUGCGCAAACUCUUCCCGCGCCUUCGCGGGUCUCGUGAAACGCUUCGGCAUCCUGCAAUCCGGCGUCGGCAAAGGCAGCGUAGACUGGAACGCAGUGCGCAAAGCCGAUGUAAAAGAGAUAUUCGAAGCGAUCAAAUCCGGUGGCCUCGCAGACGUCAAGAGCAAAGACAUCAAGAAGAUCCUGCAAAUGGUCUGGGAAGAAAAUCAAGCGCGCCGCGACGCACUGAAGUCCUCAACCAUCCAAGCUCAGGGAGAAGCGAACGAAGCAGCAGAAGAGAAGGACAAGGAGAUGCAGAAAGCAGAUGAAGACAUCGUUUCUUUGGAUCAUCUGCACUUGCUAUCGAACGACGAUGCUUUCGCCCACCUAACCUCCUAUCCCGGCAUCGGCCCCAAAACAGCCUCCUGCGUACUCCUCUUCUGUCUCCAACGCCCCUCCUUCGCAGUAGACACGCACGUCUUCCGGCUGUGCAAGUGGCUGAACUGGGUCCCGCCUCCAGGCGACGAGCGCGGUCUUGCACCAGGUGCGAAAGGAACCUUUGCUGGCCCAACGCGCAACUCGACAUACGCGCAUUGCGAGGUUAGGGUACCGGAUCACUUGAAAUAUCCGCUGCAUCAGCUGCUGAUCAGGCAUGGCAAGAGUUGUCCUAGGUGCAGAGCGAUCACAGGGGAGAGUAGUGAGGGGUGGGAGAAAGGGUGUCCGAUUGAUAAUCUUGUGCAGAGGAGUGGUGGGCGGAAGGGGGAUGGUGGCAGUCCAGUCAAGGCUAACGGCAAGGUUGCAAAUGGGAAGAAGACGAAGGCAAAGGCAAAGGGGAGGAUGAGAGUUGAGAGUGAGGAUGAGAGCGAGGCUGAGGCUAGUGAGCUGAGCGAUGCAGAGAGCAGCGCGCUAAGCGAUCUUGUGAGCGAUGCUGAGAUUGAAGCGUCGGAGGUUGAAGGGUCUGUUUCCGAGUAAUCUCGUUUGUACACUGGCGUUAAUCUACGAUAUUGCGUUUUGCGAACAGCAUCAUCUUGUACCGAUAUGUCACGAUUUGUUUCGAGUUUGAAGCGGG